AUCCUUUAGGGGUCGCCUCGUAACAGCGAUCUGUGUUUUUCUUUUCACAUUCACAAAGAACUGUUAUUAUUUUCAUUUCGAAAAAAACGCCGAAUGAUUGCUAACAGGGUGGUGUACACUUUAUCCUGCCGAUUAUAAAUGACUUUUGUGUACUGAUGUGAUUGUUCGCAUCUUGUCUAAUUCGUUUGUGACGGACGAAGUAACUGCUGCUUGCUAGGUAGCUAGCUAGUCAGGUAGGCAGCGAUCGAGCUAAACAUCUCACACUACGAGUGGAUGAGUACUAUGUGGUCUGACUUAAAAUAUAAGAAUGUCGAUAAAACAAACGUCAUGUUAAUGUGAAGUUGCUGGACUUAGCGAGUUAGCAAACUUGAACAGCCGCUGGUCGUGUUCCUGUCGCUUGCUGUCAUUAACUGGCUAGUUUAUUGGGAUCGGGUCUGAUUUUGAGAAAAUGGGUUCAAUUCUUAGUCGAAGGAUUGCAGGUGUUGAGGAUAUCGACAUCCAGGCUAAUUCUGCUUAUAGAUAUCCUCCCAAAUCAGGAAAUUAUUUUGCUGGCCACUUUUUCAUGGGUGGAGAGAAGUUUGACACCCCUCAUCCAGAGGGAUAUCUUUUCGGGGAAAACAUGGAUCUCAACUUUCUUGGCAACCGUCCUGUGCAGUUUCCCUAUGUUACUCCAGCCCCCCAUGAGCCAGUCAAAACAUUGAGAAGUCUGGUCAAUAUCAGAAAAGACUCAUUACGAUUAGUCAGAUAUAAAGAGGAUGCUGAUUCUCCUACUGAUGAAGGAGUAAAACCAAGGGCCUUGUAUGGAGUAGAGUUCACAUUCGAUUCAGAUGCUCGAGUGGCCAUAACAAUCUACUGUCAGGCUUUUGAGGAGUUCUUGAAUGGCAUGGCAAUAUACAGCCCUAAAAGCCCUGUACUGGUCUCUGAGACUGUAUAUUACAAAAGAGGAGUUAGCCAGCAGUUUACUCUACCAUCCUUCAAGAUUGAUUUCUCUGAGUGGAAGGAAGAAGACUUGAACUUUGAACUGGACAGAGGCGUCUUUCCUAUGGUGAUUCAGGCUGUAGUUGAUGAAGGAGACGAUUGUUUGGGUCAUGCGCAUGUACUGCUGGCAGCGUUUGAAAGACAUGUUGAUGGCAGCUUCUCAGUGAAGCCUUUGAAACAGAAACAAAUAGUGGAUCGUGUUAGUUACUUAUUGCAGGAGAUUUAUGGGAUUGAGAACAAGAACAAUCAAGAGACAAAGCCGUCUGAUGAUGAGAACAGUGACAACAGCAAUGAGUGUGUGGUGUGUCUGUCGGAUCUACGGGACACCCUGAUUUUGCCUUGCAGGCACUUGUGUCUGUGUAACUCCUGCGCUGACACUCUACGCUACCAGGCCAACAACUGCCCCAUCUGUCGCUUACCGUUUAGGGCGCUUCUUCAGAUCCGAGCUGUGAGAAGGAAACCCGGAACGCUUUCUCCCGUUUCCUUCAGCCCAGUUCUGGCUCAGAGCAUGGACCAUGAUGAGCAUUCAAGUUCCGAUUCUGUUCCUCCUGGCUUUGAGCCCAUCUCCCUCCUGGAGGCUCUGAACGGGCUCGGCGCCGUGUCCCCCGGCAUCCCGUCCGCCCCCCUGUACGACGAGAUCAACUUCUCUGGGAGUCUGAGCGGAGAAAGCAGACAGCUCAGUUCACCCGAGCACUCUGGAGACAGCGGAGGACAGAAGAGUAAAGUCAGCAAGUCACCGGAUAGAACAUUGACUCUACAACAGCCUGUCAGUAUCUCAGGAAGCGUGCUUGUAUUGAGUCAUACUUCAGCUUCCUGUUUUGACAGUCUCUCAUCUGACUGCAGCACUCUGCGCUCUCCUUCGUCUCCCAUUCAAGAGGAGGAUGAAGAGAAACUGUCCGAGAUGUCUGACGCACAGGCUCACAUGCUGCUCUCCAGUAGCCCCGCCCCCACUGAGGGUACUGCAGAGGAUGAUGCUCCUGACUCUCUGUCUCCUGAAGACGGGGAUGGACUGAAUCUGGACGAAGAAGCCAUGAAUGACUGUAGCAGCGAGCACAGCAGCUUUACCAAAACUGAAAGUGAUCCUCCCGAAGAUCUGUCCCUCCAGGGAUUGUCAGGUUCAUCAGAAAGUCUGAGCACUCAGAGCACCUGCUGCUCCAGUCAGCCGCUUCUGGGGGCUUCAAGCCAUUUGCACAUGGAGGAUGAAGAACUGGAUGUUUAACCACGCAAGCCCAACCGCUUCCAAGCAUCUGAAAUCCGUUUAACAUGAGUGACUUUAAACAUCGUCUAUUCUAAUUCUUUCGUCAUUUUGCUUAUUUUAACAUGUGACUUGGGCAUAUGAGUUUUGUUUUCUGAUGGUCUAUUAUAUGUCAUAGACUUGUUUGUGAUAUUAGGGCUUUGUCUCAUCAGAUUGAGACGAAGUCAAAUAACAAAAUGAUGACUUUUUCAUUUUUGGGGGAACUGUUGAAGUGUGAGGUGGUUUGUAGCAGGUCUGAUUCCUGUUCUUUUAUAUUUUUAUGUUUUAAAGGAGGUUGAGAGUGAAGCAGCUAUGAUAUCUUGGCAUAUAAAAAUGUAAUGCUGAGCUGUAAUAUAGAGCUUUGACCGUGCAUUAUAAUAACAUGAAGUGAUGUAUAACCAGUUAAGGUUCAAAGACAAAGCACAUUUAAAUAUGUUUCUCAUCAUUUCAAGGAUAUCUGUCAAAUUGAGAUUAAGCGUAAAUGGUGAUUCAACAAAUAAUCGUGUGAUAAAUGAUUUAGUGAAUAAUACAGAAAUAAUCUUAAUGCGUUAAAAUGUUUUGUAACAAGUGUCUCUAAUUUUUUGUGUGCUAACUGAAGAUAAACAGGCAGAAAUGCAACUCAAUAUAUAUUCAUUAUUUAAAAUGUAAUAUUAUUAGUGAUCACUCAGAUACUGUAGGUUGACUUCUUGUCAGUUUUAUGACCAAAUAUUGUGUGGGCGGUCUAACAGCGCUUUAAAUGUGCUCCUCAAAGUCCUGAAAAGCCAUGGUGAGCAUUUUUGCGUGUAUAUGUAUUGUAAUUUGAACUGAAUUUGAAUGUUUUCGUCAUGUAUUCAUUCAGGUAUUAUUUAAUAACAGUAUGGUAUUGUGAAUAUUUUAAAGAUCAGAUGAGGUCUCUGCAUCUGAGAAGGCAAAGAUAGGCUCAAUGGUGCCCACUGCUGGUUAAAGAGUCACAAGAUGCAUGAAAUGUCAUUGUUCUCUGGAAACAUGCCGAUAUGCAGUGUCUUGUAGCAUAAUGCUUAGAGGUUUAUGUGCCUUUAAAGAACAAAGCAAGUGAUGCUACAGCUUUUGCUCAUAGCUGUGCUUUUCAUUGGCUGUUAAUCGUUAAAUCUGUGAACUGAAGCCUUGACAACACAUUUGAUGUGAGUCUAAUGUUUUAUUUGUAAUUUACAUUUUAAAGAGUACAUACUUUUCAUUUGACACUAGGUAGCUUAACUCUGUUGUUUUUAUUGAAUAUUGAUGCUAAUAAACUUUGUAAUGUUAUUUGAGAU